AAACACUAUACAGGAUGUAGCUAGCUACAUAACUGCAUUAGGUUGUCUGCCGGGUUGUUUAUUUAUAGCCGCUCAUAUCUGAAUGUACAUUUUGUGUGAGCUUCUGGACCGAAUGACAUUGACUGCGUUUACUGUGCAAUUUGUUUACCUCGCUGCAUGCAGUUGAAUCGAAAAAUUAUGAGAGAGAGGGUGUGUUUGGUGGUGUGAUCCUGUGUGUCUUCUCUGUGCCAUGGAGAAGCCGUGGAGGCUGUGGGGCUCGGUGGAGCGCUGUGCCCUGGCCUUGGCCUCCUGGUCCUGGGGUGCCUGUCGCAUCUCCCUCCUGGCCCUUAUCCUCACCUUCCACCUCUAUGGAGGCUUCUUCCUCCUGGCUCUCAUCCUGGCCUCUGUGGCUGGCAUCCUUUACAAGUUCCAGGAUGUGCUGCUCUACUUCCCCGACCAGCCCUCCUCCUCCCGUCUGUACGUGCCCAUGCCCACGGGCAUCCCCCAUGAGAACGUCUACAUCCACACCAAGGACGGCGUGCGCCUCAAUCUUAUCUUGCUCCGCUACACUGGUGGAGACAGCCUGGGCAACCCUGGGGUCGCCCCCGGCAAUGCAUCUAACCCCUGCUCCACGGCCCCACCCACCAUUCUCUAUUUCCACGGCAAUGCGGGCAACAUCGGGCACCGGGUGCCCAACGCGCUCCUGAUGCUGGUGAACCUGAAGGCCAACGUGGUGCUGGUGGACUACCGGGGGUAUGGGAAGAGCGAAGGUGAGCCCAGUGAGGAUGGCCUGUACCUGGACGCCCAGGCCACGCUGGACUACGUGAUGACCCGGCCCGACCUAGACAAGACCAAGGUGAUGCUGUUCGGUCGCUCUCUGGGGGGGGCGGUGGCAGUACGCCUGGCCUCGGCCAACCCUCACCGCGUGGCGGCCAUCGUGGUGGAGAACACCUUCCUCAGCAUCCCCCACAUGGCCGCCACACUCUUCUCCUUCUUGCCCAUGAGGCUGCUGCCCUUAUUGUGCUACCGGAACCAGUUCUUGUCCUACAGACAGGUGGCGCUGUGCCGGAUGCCCUCGCUGUUCGUGUCAGGCCUGUCAGACCAGCUCAUCCCACCCGUCAUGAUGAAGCAGCUGUACGAGCUGUCGCCGGCGCGGACUAAACGGCUGGCCAUCUUCCCAGAGGGCACGCACAACGACACGUGGCAGUGCCAGGGCUACUUCGCCGCUCUCGAGCAGUUUGUCAAGGACCUGAUGAAGAGCCACGCCCACGAGGAGAGAGUCCAGUCCACGGCCAGCGUCACCAUCAUCUAGUCUAGUGGGGAGGG